AUGGACGUAAAUGGCUCUCAGAACAUCGAAACAAAAACUCUAGACACACCCUCUCCCGACUGUGAAAUUGUGGAGCUUCAGCCACCAGAAAUAGUUCACACUAAGCCUGAUCUUGAAGAGUCGAUGGACGCAAGAAUCGAAAGACUCGGACGCGAACGGCCCCCAGCAUUCAAGUCAAUGUGGUCUGAGAUCGCGUUCGUGUUCAGCAUAAUCAUGUCCCAGAUCAUAACCGAGUACUUUGUGUCUGGAUUCAAUGUCAUAUUACCCACGCUCAUUGAACAACUCCGGAUACCCCAAUCAUCCAGUGUCUGGCCAGCGACAGCAUUUUCCCUAGUCAUUGCGAGCAUGCUCUUGGUUUUUGGCAGGCUCGGUGACAUGGUUGGGGGCUUUUCGGUUUACGUCGCCGGUUUGAUCUGGCUGUUUAUUUGGAGUAUUGUCUGUGGCUUCAGUACUUCUCCUCUAAUGAUGGACUUCUGCCGAGCUCUCCAAGGUCUUGGAGCCGCCGCCUACCUGCCAACCGGAGUUAUGCUGAUGGGGAGCGCUUAUCGACCUGGGCCGCGCAAGAACCUGGUCUUCGCUCUAUACGGGACCUUCGCUGUCGUCGGAUUCUUCGUGGGGAUAUUCUGUGCAGGAAUCGUCGGCCAGUUUUUGGACUGGGGUUGGUUCUUCUGGAUUGGGGCCAUCCUUGCCGCCAUAACCACCAUGACAUCGAUCCUAUCUAUACCUAACGACUGGAAAGAACGACGCAAGAAUAACAUUCCUAUGGAUUGGCUCGGAACCGUGACGAUCGUCCCGGGACUGGUUCUUGUCGUUGUUGCAAUUACCGAAUCAGCUCAUGCCGAACAGCGGUGGCGGGCGCCUUAUAUCCCAACACUAUUUUGCAUUGGAUGCACGCUGCUUUUGGCCGCAUCAUAUGUGGAAGGCUGGAAAGCCAAGUUUCCCCUGUUACCUGGUGACAUCUUCACCGUCCCGUGCAUGGUACAGCUCGUGAUUGCCAUGCUAUUUCUCUACGGCAAUAUCGGCAUCCUUUUGCUUUACGGUACACUGUAUUUCCAGAACAUCAUGGGCGCCACGCCUAUGCAGGUCGUCGCAUGGUGGACGCCAAUGGUGAUUGGGGGAGUCAUCUUGAGUACCAUGGAAGGAUUCAUCCUGCAUCUGGUGUCGGGCCGUCUGCUCUUAAUCGUCUCCUGCCUCGGAGCCAUUGGAUCCCAGCUGCUUCUUGCUCGGAUUCCAGAGGGCGGAAACUAUUGGAGUUGGGUCUUUCCAGCAUGCAUUUUGGGUACUGUCGGCAUCGAUCUUUCGUAUAAUCUCAUGGCCGUAUUUAUUACCACGCAGAUGCCCAAGGCACGACAGGGGCUGGCAGGUGGACUGAUCAACUCGGUCUUGCAGCUUGGCUUCGCUUUGCUUCUGGGCUUCACCGACGUUAUUCAGUCAUACACGGUGGACGAGUCUGGGCUAAGACAGAGUUACAAGAACACAUUCUGGUUCGGUGUGGCUUCUGGUGCUGCCGCACUGGGGUUGGUCGUGAUCUGGGGAAAGGUGCCAAAGGCGAAGAGCGACCUUACUGUGGAUGAGAAGAUGGAGCUGCAGCGGGAGGCUACGAGGCUUUCUGAGACAUCACCCAGUAGGUCUGGUGGUGGCUAG